AUGUCCGACCCGCAAGAGACGUGGCGCAACCUGCAGCGCCGCCUAGUGCAGGCACAGCAGCAAGGCCGCAGGUUCGGCGCUGGCGGCGGCCCCGGCAAGGGUGCCUUCGCUGGCAUGGGCCUGCUGCUCACUCUCGGCGGUGCUGUCGUCGUCAUCAACAACUCGCUGUUCAACGUCGACGGAGGUCACCGCGCGAUCAAGUAUACCAGGCUAGGGGGUGUCAGCAAGGAGAUUUACAGCGAAGGCACGCACUUCCGGAUUCCGUGGUUCGAGACGCCCAUCACCUACGACGUGCGCGCUAAGCCGCGCAACGUCGCCUCCUUGACCGGCACCAAGGACCUGCAGAUGGUCAACAUCACCUGCCGUGUGCUUUCGAGACCCCGUGUCGACGCCUUGCCCCAGAUCUACCGCACUCUGGGCACCGACUACGACGAGCGCGUGCUGCCCUCCAUUGUGAACGAGGUGCUCAAGAGCGUCGUUGCCCAGUUCAACGCCAGCCAGCUCAUCACCCAGCGUGAGAAUGUCAGCAGGCUCGUGAGAGAUAACCUAGUGCGGAGAGCGGCGCGCUUCAACAUCAUGCUGGACGACGUGUCGUUGACGCACCUCGCCUUCUCGCCCGAAUUCACCGCCGCUGUCGAGGCCAAGCAGGUCGCCCAGCAGGAGGCUCAGCGCGCGGCUUUCGUCGUUGACAAGGCCCGCCAAGAGAAGCAGGCUGCCAUCGUUCGCGCCCAGGGUGAGGCUCGCUCUGCCGAGCUCAUCGGUGACGCCAUCAAGAAGUCGCGCAGCUACGUCGACCUGAGGGAGUUCGAGAACGCCAGGGCUGUCGCUGGCAUCCUGCAGAACAGCGCCAACAAGGUCUACCUCGACUCGAGUGGUCUCGGCCUGAACGUCACCAAGGGCGGCUCCGAGUCGAAGUAA